UGGCAUCCAAGACUGUACAGUUGACGCGAUCUUCCUAAGUAUGUCCUCACUCAAGGAUGAGCUCCUGGCCAAAAAAGCCCGCCUGGCAGAGUUGAGACGACAAAAGGCAUUGCGGGAGGAGCAAUAUGCCUCAUCGCGGCAGAGCAUUGGCGAGGCUCCCUCUCCUGGAAGGUCUGCAGAAGCACGAAGAUCAGAAAUUGAUGACCUUGUGUCAAGGCUCAUUGACGGAAAGAGAGAUUCGCCUGCAUCCCCUCGAAGAAGCCGACCGAGUUCACUCCAAGGCACAGGCCAGAUCACUCCCCAAGAUGAGGUGGAACCAUCGCCGAAGAGGUUGAUGGUGUCUAUGUCAACGCAGACCGAGACCACUGAAGAGAUAUUUACCGCACACAGAGACACUGCUGCCGCUCACGAACCCGCUCCACCGAAAAAGGAGUACAUCACAUAUAGCAAAGGGGUCCAGACGGAACCCUGGUUAGACGAAAAUGCGAAAAUACAAGAUGGCGCUGAAGAGGACGAUAUUCAAGUACGUGGAGAGAGGCGACGCAGCCGCCGUGAUCUGGAAAGAGAGGAAGAAAUCCGACAGAAUCUUCGAAAGGAGAUAGAAGACGAAGUCAAGGCGACUCUAAGUCGAGAACCAGCUGUUACUCAGCCAUCGAUUGCACAACCCCGAUUUCCGUUACGAUCACUAAACGACAAUGAGCUGAAUGCUGUUGUUGCUUCUUCCGAAUUUGUCUCGUUUGUGGAACGGUCGUCCAAGGUUAUUGAGCGAGCCCUGGAUAUUGACGACGAGUACGAUCUGCUGGCAGACUAUACUCGAACUUCGACCUUAGACGAGGAUGACGACGAUGCGCCAUAUUCGCGAAUCAGCAAGAAGUCACAUUCAGUACGCGAAUCUUUCCAAUUGUUCUCUGAUCGAUACACACGAAGACGAAUAGUCUCCGACAUCCAAUUCUCACCACAUUUUAACGAAUUACUGUUAACCUCUUACACGAAAAACCCAUCAGCUCCUCACGAACCAGCCGGCUUGGUGCUGCUGUGGAACUCUCAUGCACCGUCACGGCCAGAGUACACCUUCACGGCAUCGUCAGAUGUGCUGUCGGCUCGAUUUUCACCUUUCCACCCGAACCUUGUCAUUGGAGGCUGCUAUUCUGGCCAGAUAUGCCUUUGGGAUACGAGGACAUCCGGUCGCACAGGGCAACCUGUCCAGAAAACUCCGCAGUCGGGAUCGCAUUUGGGCCACACUCAUCCAGUCUACAGUAUCAGUGUUGUAGGGACACCGAAUGCUCACAACAUCUUGACAGCCUCGAUGGACGGGGUUGUCUGUUCAUGGUCUGUUGAUAUGCUGACGCAGGCACAAGAAUACCUCGUCCUCAAUACGCCCGCACCAGCCAAGACAGACGACCUUGCUCCUACUUGCAUGAGCUUUCCUACUUCUGACCCCACCUUCUUCGUUGUCGGUACCGAGGAAGGAACCAUCUACCCCUGCCACAGAUAUGAUCGUGCUGGUGCACAAGCAGGUGUUGAUACUCGACUGUCCUACCGCGGCCAUACCGCUCCUGUUAUGAGCGCACAAUUUCAUCCCGCUCGAGGGCCCGUGGAUCUAGGAGACCUCCUCCUCAGCUCCAGCUCCGACUGGUCUGUGAAGGUGUGGCGCAUCAAGCCAGCGGCCACUUCGAGUGCCGCUGCCCUGGCUUCAGCUGCGGGUGCGAACCCGACCACUGUAAGUCCAGUCCUAGACCUAGCUCGAGAAGACCUUGUGUACGACGCGAAAUGGGCGCCGCAUAAACCUUCAAUGUUCGCUUGCGUCACUGGUGCCGGUGAUCUGGAGGUAUUCGAUCUCGGCUACGAUCUUGAGGUGCCCAUCGCUAGAGGUACGCCGACAAGAGGCAAGAACGGGGUUGUACCCUUCAAAGGCUUAAACAAGGUAGCAUGGGAAGAAAGAAGAGGCAGCCACAUAGCUGUUGGCGGUCUAGAUGGUGUCGUAACUGUCUUUGAUGUCGGUAAAGGCCUUCAGUGCGGUAACAAUGAGAAGAAUCUAGAAGAAUGGGUGGCUAUGAAGAAAUUGGUCACGAAACUCGAGGGCGCCAAGUCGUGAAGCUGGUUCUUGCUCUCGUGCGAUGGAGUUGGAAAGACCGGACGUCACCACCGCAUUCUGAUAUGUAUCAGGAAAAGUUGGUCCGUGGGGCGAUUCUCUUGCCUUGGUUGGGAGUGUUGGAGUGUUUCAGCUGUUAUGAUACCCUUUGAAUAUGCAGCGUCUAGCAGUGAAUGUGAACAAGAAGAUUGCUUCUGCACACAGGAGCAAGCUCACG